AUACAUAUACAGGGCUUAAAGUGAAAAACAAUCCUAAGCCUGAACUUUUUUGCUUUUGGAUGGGGUUCGGGGUACAAUCUAGCUAACUAAUGAGAAAUUAAGAUAUUUGCCUUUGCAAACUCAAACUGCAGAUUAUAGUAAUACCAAAAAAGGUCAGUAGGUGGUGGUAGGUACUACAUCUGACUACAACAUGGUGCAAAUAUAUUGUUUCACAACCAGUCAGUUAAAGACAUGGAAAAGGACAUUGAUUAAGUUUUUUACAAUAUGUGCCCCAUUUGCACUAUUUAUUCUGAAAUACAACAGUGAAUUGGUAGAACCACCCACUGCCAUCUAGAGCCAACUACAGCGAGGAAACCAGCAACCAGCUAAGAAACCACAGCGACAAAUCCACCAAACUCACCAAACCAACGAAAUCCCAAACUUCUUCCAGAACUUCAGUGUUCUUGAAGAAACCACAACAUCUACAACCACAACUACUACAGUUGUUACACUUUAUUUGUUGUCAACACCUCUGCUAAACAUUUUUGGUACCAUGGCUAACAGGUACAAUCCCAAGCACAGAGGAGGCACUACUUACUGUGGGCCAAACCAGCACUAUGACAACCCCGCAGGGCCCCGAAGCUCCCGUGGAGCCUCUCAGGAAGAAACCGACUACCUGAGAGAGCACAACCACAACAUGAGCAUUCGCAUCAAGGAGCUCAUCGCUGAGAACCAGCAGUACUCCUUUAAGAUGCUGAGCUCUAAGGCCAGGAUUGAGCACCUGCAGGAGAUUCUGCUGGAGAAAGAGAAGGAGCUACAGGACAAACGCCAGCAGAACGAGGAGAGAACCUCGGUCCUGGAAAUGCAGCUCAGAGAGCGCGAGCAGGCCGAAGAACCAGCCGAGAACACCAUCGAGUCCGAAGAACAACAGGACUUGGAGUUCUCCAUUGAGAAGAUGAAAACAUCCAUGAGCUGGGGAGACAUCAUGGACGACGUCGAUGAAAUGAAAGAGCAGCUGGAACUCAAAGACGGAGAGAUCCUGAGACUCAAAAAGGAGAACCGGAGUCUCUCUGCUGCUCUCAGAGCUGCCCAGAACAUGCAGAGGGAUGAGGACAAAUCUCUGGAGGACAACAAAGAGCUGCAAGAGCAGAAAAAGGUCCUCGACAAGGAAAGGAAGGCGGUGCGGAGAGACCUGAAAGAGCUUGAGCAAAAGACGAAAGAGCUGCAAGAGGAAAAGAUCUUUCUGGAGAAGCAGCAACAAGAAGUUCUGACAAACCAGAAAGAGCUGCAACAGAGGAGACAGAGAUCUGCAAGAAGAGAAGAUCUUUCUGGAGAAACAGCAAGAACAACUCCAGACCGACCAGACAGAGCUCGAGCAGAAGAGCAAACAUCUGAACGAGGAAAAGAUCUUUCUUGAAAAGCAGAAAAAAGAAGUCCUGAAAAACCUGAAAGCAGUUGAGCAGAAGGACAAAGGGCUGCAAGAAGGAAAGAUGUGUCUGGACAAGCAGAAAAAAGAGAUCCAGACAAGUAAGAGAGAGCUUGAGCAGGGCAGAAAAGAGCUGCAGAAUGAAAAAGAAGCAUCAGAGGAGAUGAAGAAAGAACUUCAAGCUGAGAAGAAAGAACUUGAAGAGACACGAAAAGUUCUGGAAGCUCAGAAUUUUGAAGUCAACAAAGAAGACAGAGGUGGAACAACAGCGAAAUAUUUUGGAAAAGAAACAGAAAGAACUGGAUGAGGUGAAAGAGAAAAUGAAAGAGGCUUAUGUGAAAAUGAAAGAGGAGAAGAAAAAAAUGAAAAAAGACAUGAAGAAACUAGAGAUGGAGGACAAGAGUGAGAUCCUGGAGCAACAGAGACUGGAAAUCCAGGAAAAGAUUGACAAACUGGAGAGUGAAAAGACAAAUCUAGAAGAGGAGAAUAAAGGCCUCCAAGACAAGAAUAAAGAAUUGGAGCAAGAAAAGACAGAAAUAGAGGUGAAGUAUGAACAUCUGCAGAGCGAGAACCAAGAACUGAAGCAGCAGAAAACAGAAACAGAAGACAGAAAUAAAGAGCUGCAAGAAGCCAAGAUGAAGCUGCAGCAAUAGAUUCAAGACCUGGAGGUGAAGCAGCAAGAAAACGAGCAGAAGAAGAAGAAGAAGAAGAAGGUGGGCUGCUGGAGCUGGAUGUUCAGGAAGGCCUGAGGUGGACUUCCUCAUGCUCCACUCCCCCUUUUCUCGCUCCUUCAACUCUCAUCCUUUCUGCCUCCACCUUCCCCAUCCUUCCUCCAUCUCAUCUUCACCUCUCCAUCCUCCCAUCAUCAUCCAAAAAAACUUUCCUCACCUCUUCAACUUCACCCCAUCUUCUCUCUACCUCACCCCCAUCACCCCUUUCCUCUAUCACCCCCUCUAUAAACCCACCCCCCCAAAAAAAAUCCCUCCAAAAAUAAAAAAACAAACUCAAAAAUAUUUCUUCAUGUUUCUGCAUAUUCACCAUGUUUUUCAUUACCUCAGUUUAAUUAACAGCGUUACUUUUUACUGUUCUAUUUUAGCUGUAUUUUAAUUCACUUAUUUUAUCUCAGUGAUGUGAAUUAAAGCUUAUUUGCAGAUAGACUCCUGUCUGCAAGUAAAAGAAUGUCAAUUCCCAGCAGCAACAUGAAAAAAAAAACACAUUAAUCCACCAUGUUUUCCUCAGAAAACUCUGACCUCAUGUAUUAUAUGUGACUUUAUCUACUGUAUAUGAUUACUAGCACCUGCUGCUAGGAAAAGUCUAAAUUUUCUCCUAAAUCUACAAGAGCAUUUUUACAGCAAAAAUGUAGAUUUGAAGUGGAAUUUAAGUUUCAGUUGAACAAGGUCUUCCCUUUUACUCUGCAUUUCUGUAACAUUUUUAUUCUCAUAAUUGAGAGAUUUUUAAAAAAAUAAUCAAAAUCGAUAAAGCAGAACCAGAGAUAUCAUCUUUUUUGUCCUACACAUCUUUCUUCCUUGUCAAAACUCGACGGCUAUAUUACCCACAAAGCAACACUUUGCACAAUAUGAUGUGCAAAAUGUGUAGUAUUUCAAUUUCAAGGGAAAUAUUUUCAUUACAUGCACAAUCUUUGACUUUCACAUACAACACGGCAUUAUAAUGUGCAGUAUCAGCAUGAGGCAACACAGCUAAUUUACAUUUUAUUUUGGUGAAAACAAUUACAUUUUUUUGUAAAACCAAGGCUCACAAUGUCACUGUUGCACUAUCAAUAUUCAGACACGUUCAAAACAAGUCAGACAGAAAGUUUUUAAGGGAAUAUAGGAGUUUGUAUCAAAAAAAAUAUCAGGAAUUUGAUGUGAACAAAAUAUUUUAGACAUUUUAAAUAAAAUAAACACACAGAUAUACAACAUCUGAGCAUUUAAUUUAGCAUCACAAAGCUCUGAUGUGAAGGUUUUCCAAAGUAAAAAAAAAUAUUUUGGAUGGUUUUGUCAGAGUUAUAUAAAAAUAGCUUUUUAAAGCAGUUUUUAAUUAUUGAUGCAGAUGCACUUCUUUACAGCCUUCCUGCUCGAUGAUACUCCUUACACCCAUAAAAUGUUCGUGCAUCCAUUUCCUAUGAGAAAUAGUAUACAGUGCAGCAAAAUAAACUGAUUAUGGAGAUAAGUGUGCAUCCCUGCACAUCUCCAUCUAUGGCAUGUUGUUGUACAAACAAAAGUGGUCCAACUGCACGAUCUGGCACUGAGGCAACAAGUUAAAAACUACCAUUUGAGUAUAAACAAAGAUAAAAAAGUGUGUUUGUUCAAUCAAAUAUGCUUCUUCACGUAUUCUAAACAACACAGAUAGUAUGUAUACAAAGUUAGUUACAUUUAAACAUAUUAAAAAGUGAAAUGUAUUUUACCUUCUGCUAGCAGUGUGUCGAAGCCGGCCAUGGUUCCAAAGGACUGUUUCACCCCCCGACCUAAGGUCAAACCCACGCCCACAUCAGAUUUAAUUGGUCACAGAUUUUUAAUGUGAUGUUUUACUUUUAAAAAAUUAAAGGAAAACCGGUGUUGUGGCCAAAAUAGUGCUUUUUUGGCCUGAAGGAAACAACAUGCCAUAGAAGGUUAAUCCUGUGCUGCCAUUAGUUCAAUAUUUAUCUACUGACUCACAUCAAUGCCUCAUAAUCUUUGUACAAAAGCAGGAAACCACACUUUAAGAUCCCACUAACCCUUCUUCCUUCUACCACUAGAGGGCAACAGUUCCAAAGAAAUCAAGUGAGAUUUCAAGGCUGAUUCACAGAGUGAAGCCUACACAAUUAAUGUUCAAGGAUUAAUGCAGUCAGUCUAAAACUAGUCCAAUUGUGAGAAAUUUAGUCUCAUUGGGAACUUUUCUGAAAAUUUUAAGUAGAAUCACAUCACUAGAAAACACACUCAGGAACUUACAGAGUAAAAGAAUGAUUCAUUUGGCAAAUACCUGAUGUUCAGUGUAGUUUCUGUGUUGGGUGGGUUCUUUUCUGCUGUCUGUUUUAAUUUAACUGAGCAUGCAGAAGGCAGCCUCAGGCCAGUGCUGCUAUCAGUCCACACCCAGCACACAUCAUUUAAUACUUUAAAGUUACCGGUUAGCAGCAGCUCUACUAUCUACAUGGAAACCAACACUUAUCAGCACUCAGGAAUCUGCUAUGUCAGAAAACUAACAUCUGACUGAACAGAGCCGAAAAUUGAAUGAAAAAUGGAUGUUUUUGUGCAGGUUAAUCAAAAAAUUAGGUGACAUCUCAUUGAUUAGCAGAAGAGUUGAUUGGAAAGAUUGGAAAAGAGUGAACUACAGUCCUGGUGAGGGUCACUCAGCUACCAUAGGGUGCCAAAAAUGUUUACGCAUUUCUCUCUUUUUAAUGUUUUAAAUCCAGAAUUUUGCCAAAACCACUGACUGUAUGUAAAGAUGAACUAACCAUCUGUGCUGUCACCCAUAUGUUUCCUGCAGAGUGGUUUUGAAGCUCAGUGUAGUGGCUCUUCAUCUUGGCAGUGCCUGAUUCUCCUCCCUCCUGGCUAAUCAAAAAAUGAGCAAAGACAUGGCGCAUGAGUGGAGCUGAGGUAAGCCAUACAAACUUCUCUAGACAUGGACUGUCAUGUGACGCCACCCACCUGUCACUCAAAGCAGCCAGUUGUGUAUGCAAUUUAAACAGGUGAGUAAAGGUUGGGUUAUACUUUCCACACGAACGAGCCGUGUGGAAAUGAGCUACACGGAAAUCCGGGCGAGAGAACGUGUGUGCAUUUAUACUCCGUGCGGCGUCUGCUUCCAAACUGCAGGGGGCAGUGUAUCGCAAACACACGUCUACCUGGUCUACUCUGGUACUAAACUAGAGUAGAAGAAGUUUGCCAUCGUUUACACCACUUACAACAUGGCAUUUUACCACACCAUGAGUUGUUCAUAACCCGGUUGUCGUGGUGAUCUCUGUGUGAUGAAUCGUAUAAGUGCGCCUAUUUCUAGACUUUAGCUAUGAAUAGGUCCUGGUCCUCUGCCAUGCUUUUCCGUGCGGCUCUGUCCGCGUAGUUAGAAAAAUGUGGAGGUGCACGAAAUGGAAAUUUUCCGCUUGAGAAGGGCCACUCCAGGGGACGUAGCUGCUAAAAUGAUGCAAUUUUUCCGCAUGGAGCUGCACGGACCUCGCGGAUGCGGAAAGCAUAAAGCAGGCUUUUACAGGCAAAUCCCUUCCCUGUACAGUUGUCAUGAUUGACAUUAGCUAUAGAGACCAAAACUAUUUUUUGUUCCAGCCUGUAAAGAUGUUUAUUUAUGCUGUAAAGUUAGACUUUUUAACAUGGGGGUCAAUGGGGAUUGACUCACUUUUGGAACCAGCCUCAAGUGGUUAUUUGAGGAACUGCAGUUUUUGGCACUUCAUUUUUGAGUCCAUGAAGUUGCUCCUUGGUUGUUAUACAGCAGCAUGACAGACUUUAAGAUGACAAUUUAAAGAAACAGUGGCACUACAUCAAAUCUGGGGGUUUUGAUGCAUCGAGACAAAUCAAAUUUAGGGGUUUGGGACAAUGAGUAGUUCGUGAUCGUGACUAACAACUGAUGACAUAUUGUGAUUUUCUAAUGCAGUCUCCAAUUUUGACAUAGCAGAAUUUUUGCAUAGCAGAAUUGCUGAAUUUUGUGGAAAUUGUGAGACAAUAACACAUUACAAAAACUGCAAAACAAAAACAAUAUUGGUGUUACCACAGAGGGAAAGAGUUUUGGAAAGUUUUGACAAAAUGGAAAGACCCAAAUUCGGCAUUCUAUCACUCUUCAUUGGCUUUUAGAUAAUGACAGUUCCAUAGGGUGAUUUUAGCAUUAUAACAGCUUAACAAUUUAAGCAUGCUUUUACAAAUGUUCCAAUUUUGAGAUCAUCCAACAAGUGCCGGACUGUGACAUUUUAGGGGAACUGCAGUACUUUUGGUGUUUCUGGUGCAGUUUGGUAUAUUUAGGGGGCUGAUAAUCAUCAAGAAUGUCAAAGUGAAUUUAAAUUGUGACAAACAUUUUGAGGGGAGAAUGUGAAGAUUUUUGAAGUUCUCCACCAGAAAUUAAGGUAUGGAAACUAUAACACAUUUGGACCUAUAAAAAUGCUGUCAAAUUUGGGGGAUAUUAUAAAUUGGAUUAUUACUAAGGAUACAUUUAGGAAAUACUGGCAUUUGGAGGUGGUAAAGUCAAACUGAGAAGAGAACUGCUCAGUCACAACAUCCUUUCUUUCUGUGUGACGCUGCACCGGUCGGCUAUUCGUAGAGUUUUGAGUCAUUUGUCAUAAAAUGUAGUUGUGGCAGCUGUUUGUGCUUUAUGAAUCCUG